AUGCAAGGCUUGUCUGACAGUCCACUAUCCCGCAUGGAAGAGUACUCGGAGGCAGAGUUCGGCAGAAUCAUUCCAUUGGAGCUCGGGGAGGAUCAGGACAUGCAAGAUGUACUGGGGGCAGAGCCAUGUGUCGCCCGCUCAAGGCGAGCAAGCCAACCCAGCGCGAUGAGGCAUUGUGCAGGUCGUCAGCCCGAGCCGGGCAUUGAAUCACAACACCACGACAUUGCAUAUCCGAGAUACAUCAUCGCCGUUGAUUUUGGCACAACCUACUCGUCAGUAGCGUUCGUACGCAUUGACCAUGACACGCAGCCACAGCACAUCAGAGCCGAGUUCGUCGAGUGCAUCGACAAAUAUCCCAACAUGCCGCCAAUCACCGAUGCCAAUAUUUUGGCUAAAUCAACGACAGUGCCAACAGAACUUCUGUAUGAUAUUCUGGAGAACAGAACGAAUCAUACAUCACAGCCCAGCACGGAUUCAUGGGACCUUGAAACUAGCUCGACUGUUUCUUUAGAUGAGCUUUGGGAAGAGUCGUCUACCACCAGCUUGGAACAAGAAGUGGACCAGAUUUCUCCCGUUGCAAACAACGAUGGAAGACCUCCACGUCGGAAGCCUGCUACCUGGGGAUGGGGCGUGUAUUCGAGAUUGCUCAAGCCCGACAGCACUUCAGACUGGUACCACCUUACCAACUUCAAACUUCAUCUGGAUCCAGAUAGAGAAAGAUCGGCAGCGCUGCUGAGGGAGAGCGUUGCUGUCAUGAAAGCACUGAAAGGGUUGAAUACUGAAGACAUUAUCGCCACGUAUUUGGAGAACCUGUUAAGACAUGCAAAGUCCAAACUCUCAAACGCAUAUGGCUUUCAUGAGAACAGUACCGUCGAGUUCGUCCUCUCUGUCCCUGCCGCCUGGGAUGGGCGAGCCGGGGAGACCAUGCAAAAAGCCCUGGACCGCGCUGUCAGGUCUUCAGGUAUCAUCAAGCUCAAGAAAAACGAAACUCCUGAUCUGUUCAUGGUCGCUGAGCCUGAGGCCGCCCUUGCGUACGUUCUGGACAAUGACAAGCGGCUAUCCGACGUGGUACGGGAUGAGUCUUUGAUGAUCAUUGACGCUGGUGGAGGCACAGUAGACUUCACAGUCUGCACACUCACCAGAACAAACCCACCGCGCUACAAGGAGGCGGUCAGGCCAGAUGGCGUCUCCUGUGGAUCUUGCUUCUUGAAUAGAAGAUUCCGUGCCCUCUUAAAAGAUCGGCUCGCCGACGCAAUCAUCAUUGAUAACGGUGUGCCACUGGAAAGUAUCAUUGAUGCUAAGGUCAUCGAUUUUGAGACUUUGAAGAGGAGUAUAGAUGUCUUGGACAAGAACUUCAGAUUCGAAGUGUAUAUUCCUGGGCUUCAAGAGGAUGGCGCAAAGGGCUUCGGUCAGAACAAAAUGGACAUCACACGGACUGAAAUGUACCGUGUUUUCAGCGACUCCCUUCACGAUGUUGCCGGGAUGAUGAGCGACCAGUUGAAUGCGGCGCGGGAAAAAGGUGUCAAUGUCCAAAAAGUGGUCUUGAUUGGCGGCUUUGGACAAUCACCAUCCCUGUACAAGCAUCUCAAAAAGGCGCUUCGGAGAGAGAGGAAUUUCUUAGGCCUAGGGAUCGAACUUCUUCGCCCAGAGCUUGUCGAAUCAGCAGUGGCUCGAGGCGCUGUUCUGAGGGCUUUGAGGAAGGAAGAUGGACCGGAGAGAAUAUCUAGAUGGAGUUAUGGUCUCUUGUGGACUGUCGUGUAUGACCCCAAAAAUGACUACCAUCGGAGAUCUGCCACCUGGAGAGACCCGUCGGAUGGUCAAAUAUGCAUCAAGGACACGAUACAGUGGUUCGUGGACAAGGACACACGGCUGAAUGCAAGGCAUGAGUUUCCAAUUGAUGCUGCCGUCCAUAUAUUCAAAGCAGAUGCACCCAAACUCUUGUGCGAGGAAAGAUUAUAUGUGUCGGGACAAAAGCACCCUUCAGGCUAUAAGGUUACACAUCAACGUAAUCGUGGCAGUAAGAUUGCAGGUACCAUCAUGGCAGAUAUGACACGUCUGAGGGACGAGAAUCGUAUCCAACCAAUAACGGUGAUCAAUGACCAGGGGAAGGAGUUCACGUACUACGAGAUCAUCUUUGAUCUGUACAUCAUCAUCGAGGGGCGCACUCUGCGCUUUGAGGCACGGUCUAAGCAGGGACAAAACGAAUUGGUGGGUUCGGGCGCGUUUUGCAUCGCUGCAGGUUUCAAGCCAGGCACAGCGUAG